AAUUUGCAAUUAUCGGGAAGGUGAGUUGGCAGUUUAUUUCCACCCUCUGCAUCUCCGCCUAUGAAUCUAUGAUCUGAUAAGAUUGUCGAUUUUUAUUUUUUUAACCAAACAAACCCCAAAAUCCUCUCUCCGUUCUCGAAUAUUCGCGCUCGAAUUCUUCACACAGCGCUGAAAGUUCAAAAAUGUUAUCCGCCGAUUUCUUGCACCUCUGAUUCCUCGACUUUAACCUCAUAAGAUGGCCGUUCUGUUACCGUCGUCGAGAAUCUCUUCAUUUUCCGUCUGCCGACGUCCGGUGGGGGUCUUUUCCGAUACAAAGAGCAGGGCUGUGCAGCAGAUCGCUAUUCCUGCAAGCAAUAGAAAGGAAACUGUGAGGAUUAGGGUUUUAUCGAGUGUUAAGGAUUUGGAGGAGGCUGCGAUUUUGGAGGAUAAUGUGGGGGUGUUGUACGACCAAUUCUCGGCUCCUAAGGCAAAGCCCAGUGCGACAUCGUCUUCGGCGAAAAUUAGUAAAGAGGAAGAGGAGAAGCGGGAUUACUAUCUCAACACGGGCUACGCCAUCCGGACUCUAAGAGAGGAGUUCCCUACUCUGUUUUACCAAGAGCUUAGCUUUGAUAUCUACAGGGAUGAUAUUGUCUUCAAAGAUCCACUCAACACUUUUGUCGGCAUUGAGAAUUAUAAAUCAAUCUUUUGGGCAUUACGGUUCUAUGGCAGGAUGCUUUUUAGGGCUUUGUGGAUUGACAUUGUUAGUGUGUGGCAGCCUGUGGAGAAUUUGAUAAUGGUCCGUUGGACUGUCCAUGGCAUCCCUCGUGUGCCUUGGGAGAGCCGUGGGCGAUUUGAUGGCACUUCAGAAUACAAACUGGAUAAGAAUGGGAAGAUAUAUGAGCACAGGGUCCAUAAUAUUGCUCUAAAUGGACCUCUAAAGUUCCGCGUGCAAUCUGUGCAGGAAAUGAUUCAAUACAUUGGCUGUCCAUCGACACCAAAGCCAACUUUCUUUGAGAUCUCAUCCUCAUCAUUCAAGAACAUUAUGGGACUAGUGAAUUCAAGCGGGUUCAGACAUCACCUGUCUUCAGUUUUAACCUGUGUUUGGAAGAAGAACGAGGAAUCAUCUGAGGAAGAAUAGCAUCCAUCCCACAUGGAGUGUGCGACAAGACAAAGCUUAAAAGUUUUGUGAAUCUGUGACGUGAAAUGGAGGGUUUUCAUGCUCAUGCUUAUGCUCAUAAUGUGGAGGGAGUGUAUAUUUGAUAGUAAAUGCAACUAAGCCUGUCUACCAGCUCAGAGUUUAACUGGGUGGGGAUUGUAAAAUUUUGUAUAGUGGUUACAGGAUUUCAUGUUUUAGCAGCUGCUACAUCAAACUUGGGUUCCUAUAAUAAACUGUUCUUUGUAUUACACUUU